AUUGAAGAUAGCAAUUGGAAAGAUACAACCCACAGCAAAAAAGGAAUGAGUAAUAAUAGUAGUUAUGUAUGGCUACUGAUAGAUACGAAUAUUAUUGUAUCGUAAUGCAUGUUAUAUAAGGUGUAGGUAUUCAUCGAGCGGAUAUAUUUGGAUUGUUAGAACUCAUGAAUAAGGGCUUAUGAGUGUACAUUGUUGAGAGUUGCCUCAUAGUUGGGAUUUGUGAAAAGGGUCGCAGCCUUCAAAAGGCUGAGAACUAAUGCUCUAGUAUUUUAAUCAAAUGAAAUUUGCCUUGAGACAAAAUAUAUUGUUAGCUGGUUACCUCUUGACAACAGUGGAACAAAACCAACAUAGGUUCUUUACAACUGGAGGUCAUGUGACGUAGAUCUAGAUGUGACAAAAUGGCACAGUCCUUUGCCCUUGUGUUAUUGGCAGUGAUUGCGUUAGGCUCUGGAUGUUGCUACGGUUGGAUAUUAUCUGGAUGGUGGACACCUUGUUUCAACAAUCCACCUAUAGAUCUAGGUUGCUUCCCUUUAAGUUACCCAUUCAACAACUCCGCAGGCUUCUACCCACAGAGCCCAGAAUCGAUGAACAUCCAGUUUCACGUGUACAGCAGACGACACAAUAUAACUGUAACCUUAGAGGAUGUACAACAGAAUCUACUCAACAAUUAUAACGUAUCUCGAAACACUGUGCUGAUCAUUCACGGCUACUUGGAAAGACAAGAUGAAAUUUGGAUCAAAGAUUUGAUCAGAGAGCUGCUUAUUAAGAACGACGUGAAUAUUAUAACUGUAGAUUGGUAUCAAGGCGCCAACAGUUUCUUUUACUACCAAAGUGUCGCCAACGCAAGAGUUGUUGGAGCUGUGCUUGCUUUAUUUGUACAGGAACUGAUUUCCCUCGGAUCUCAGCCGUCGUCCUUUCACCUGGUAGGUUUCAGCCUUGGGGCCCACGUCGCUGGUUUUGCAGGAAGUCGUCUUGGUGGAAUCGGACGGAUAACAGGAUUAGAUCCAGCAGGCCCAAGUUUCGAAGAUGCGCCACCUGAAGUGCGACUUGAUCCUUCAGAUGCGCUUUUUGUUGAUGUCAUUCACACAGACAGCACUCUUGGUAUAGGCAUGGGAACAUUGGUACCCAUGGGAACUGUAGACUUCUACGUCAACGGCGGAGAAGACCAGCCAAGCUGUGCUAACAGUGUGAUAGGUAGAGUCUCUGCUUUCUUUAACACACUAGGUUCUGGUUUUGAUUCAAUGAGAACCGCUCUGGGCUGCUCACAUAUGAGAGCAACGCAGCUCUUCAUGCAGUCCGUCAAUCAUGUCUGCGGGUGGCCGACGUACCUCUGUCCUGACCAGGACUCCUUGCAACAGGACCAGUGCACACCUUGCGAUACUGGACAGUGUCAUGGGAUGGGCUACAACCUGGUGUAUCAAUCUGUUCUGCAUAGCUCUGUCUGCUACAGGACCAAUACACCAGAGUUAUUUCCCUUUUGCUGAAAUACUCAAUGUGCUUUUUUUUCUUUUUGGAUGUAACGUUUUGAAAAGGAACUCCCCUUUGUCCAAGUUUUGAAUUGAUAAUUGUCAACUAGAAAGAACCAUAACUCACGAGAAUACCUGACAACUCAAAAUUAAAGGGCUGGUAUCUAUCAUCAAGCCUGACGCACAAGCUGCAUAAAAAAAAAGCCCACAAAGAAAAACUAAUUAUACAUAUAUACCUAUUUUGAUAAUUGUGUUUUAAAUCAAUAAAAUCGUUGUUGUACA